UGUCCUUUGCCUUUUCGAUGGCGAUGGCAACCCAAGAGACAGAGACAUCCAGUUACGUUGCCAUAACGAAUAUCCCAUUUAAGUUUCAUACUGCUGAUCUUCGUUCCUUUUUCUCAUCAUAUGUAGAAAGUAACGGAUUUAUAUGUUUCCACUUUCGACAUAGACCAGAGAAAACGGAAUCAUCCCUCGAGAAUGAAAAUGAAAAGACGACAACAAGUAGAUCUUGUGCGACAACUGACGAAGCUGGUGAACGGGUGAAACGUUGCUGUUGCGUCGCCAAAGUAAAGAACUCUCGUCUUCCUUCGUUCUUGAAAGCAUACCACAACCAGAACUGGACAGACAGCAAUGAUGAAUAUCAUGGUGAUCUUUGUCACAUAUCUGUCAUAAAUACUAGAUCUAAUGACAGUUCUGGAACAGAUACGUCUGGUCAUGUGGAUGAAAAAACCUUGGAGUCUAUGCCUGAGCUACGUCCUGUUGAGUUGAUGCCCCAAGGAAAUGUCGGAACUCCCACUCUGGUGUUCCUUGACCUCAUCCAGCGAUGUCUUCUUCCUCACAGUCUCAUUCACAAACUUAAACUGAAAUUUCCCAAAACAUCAGGAAAGCUGUUGUACAGUAACGUACCUUUUGAGUAUCAUACACCAAAAGACUCUGAUUUUGCUGCAAACACACCUAACCUUGAAUCAGGUGCUGGGGUUGUGAAAAGUUUUCCGUCAUUAACACAAGAGAGGAAUGUAAAGACCAAGUGCUUGAGAAAAUCUGAUGCCUUUGGAAAAAUUCAGGCUUUCGAGUUGUCUGAAUCUUCCACAUUGUUGUCUGAUGAUUGUAAUGAACAAACUCCGAAUGUGAUAAAUGAUAGCUCAAUAGCCAUAGAGACGUCCAGUGACCAGUCUACCUUUCAAGAUGCUCAAAUGGAUAUGAUUCCUCAUCCAUAUAAAGCAGAGGAAAGCCAAAACACAGAUAUGGAUGGUUUAAACACAGAAGACAAAUCUGUCCAGAUUGAAGCAUCUGUUUCAAAUGCUAACAAUCAAAGUGGAUUUUUAGCCCCUCAAGUUCCUCUCACGAAUCGGGAAAGAAAACGGAAAAAGCGAUAUGAAAAUCGUUCGACAAGAAAGCUGAUGGCUGAAGGAAUUGAAGAAAGGCUGAUUGCUAUAGACAAGAUAUACAGAAACGAUGACGACGCAGAGGAGUGGGACCGCCACGAGGCCAGUGAGGACGACCCAAGCAACCAGGAACGCAACAAGGAGCGUCUGUAUGAGGAGGAGAUAGAGCAGCCGUGGGAAAAGGGAGGCCCAGGUGUUGUGUUCUACACUGAUGCCAUGUUCUGGCAGGAGAGGGAAGGAGAUUUUGAUGAGCAGACAACAGACGACCUUGAUGUUGACUUCAGUGCCUAUGAAGAACAAGGGGCCGGGGAUAAAGAUAUCAAAGACUUCCUUAAGAUCAGACAGGAAACUCGAUUUCGAAAUGGAUACGACAGCACUGAUCGAUUUUCCAUUGGCAUUGGAAAGAAAAUCGAUAAACCAUCGUCAUCCAUCAGCUCUGCAGGGAAUGAGGUGUCAGCAUCACAGCAUGGAAGAGGCAGCAAAUUAGUUUCAUCUGGGGCAGCAAUCGGAGCCUUUGAAAGACACACGAAGGGAAUCGGCCGCAAAGUUAUGGAGAAGCAGGGUUGGCGGGAAGGUCAAGGCCUUGGUAGCUCUAAGCCUGGAAUCACCGAGGCUCUCAGAGGGGAAGGUCAAAGACCUCACGAUAAGCAAGGGUUAGGAUUUGUGGCAGAAAAACCAGUGUGGUAUGGAGUCCCGCCCGCUAAGAAAUCAAGGGGAAAAUCCAAGCAAAGUCAUCUGAUCACAACAGUGUACGACGACCCACGUGAAGCCGACCCGAAGGAGCCGCUGUUGCUGCGCAGUGAGCCGACCACCCUGAAACACAGACAGACACACAAGGAUAGUUUUAAUAAAAGAUGAUCAUGGUUUAAUGA